AUGGUUAAGUUAACCAACAUUCAAGCUACUGAAACUACCCAUAUUUUGGGUGGUGACCGUAGAGCUGAUGAUGUUAUGCCUGGAGAGAAUCCAGUAGCAUCUAAGGUUUAUGAUGGUGACAAUAAAACUAAUGUUGAGCUACCAGAUGGAUGCGGUCGUCUUGGAUCAACCAAACCGGUUUAUGGUCCAAAUGAGAACGAAAAGAAGAAGGCACGUUUGGCAUAG